AUGACACCAUCGCGCCCCUCUCCGUUUGCCGACCAGCCCUUCGACAUCGCUGUUGCGGGCACCGAGUCAAUGAUCGAGGAAUGGCUGCAGGCACGCAAGGUCGAUGACACCUCUAAACUCAUCAUCCCCCAAAUGAAGCCCUGGUAUUACGGCUGCAUCGGCGGCGUUCCGAUUCCAACGCUCACCCGCCGUCUGUGGACGAGCACGAGAGAUGGAGUUCGCACGAACCGAUACGGUCUUCCUGCCCAUUUCUACGCGAUCCUGUGGAUGGCGUUGCUUCUUGCUGCUUUGGGUCUCUUUGUCAUGGCUAUUCCUGAAGGUCUUGAGAUGGCGCGCGAUCGGUUGGAUGUUCGGCCGCCCAACGAUUAUUUGGGCCCCUCAUGCGGCGACCUUCCAACUGACCGUUUCUACCGGAUUGUGUACAGGAAUAUUGUCAAUAGCCUUCCACUGCUGGUCUCCUUGACCAUCUUCUUCUUCCCAGCUCUGGUGAAAUCCUAG